ACGCCACACCCCACACAAUCAGUCCUUUCAGCACUCUCCUGGUUGACAGCAAGGCUUCCAGAUUCAUCAGUGAAAGAUGGCUGGAGAAGACUGGAACUCUGGCCUCUUCAGCUGCUGUGAUGACAUAAAAUCUUGUUGCUAUGGUUUUUGGUGCUGCCCCUGUCUUGCCUGCACCGUGUCAGGACUUUUUGGACAGAACCGCUGUCUUCCACUGUGUGAUAUUUGCAGCCCUGCUGUGAUGUCUGCUUUUGGGAUACCUCUGUGUGUACCCCCUGCAGGAUUAGCCCUGCGAGUCGGGAUUCGGCAGAAAUAUGAAAUUAAGGGUUCUCUUUGUAAGGACAUUGCCACGUCCUGCGUCUGUGUGUGGUGCUCCUGGUGCCAGUUGCAUCGGGAGUUGAAGUAUCGCAAUCACACCCCUGCUGUCGUGAACCAGCCUAAGAAAUGAAAAACUACAGAGGUUUUAUAACUGCUGCUCCAAAAUUUGGUUGGCAGUGAUCUUCUUUAGUUUGACCAUGUCUCAAUAGCUAAACAGAAUUUGUUUUUAGUUUUCUUGUGGCUAUAAUAAGCAUAGGAUUUAAAUAAAUAAA